CCUCAUGUUUGACUGUUGGAGAUUUAUCCUGUGCAAGAGACCUAGAAGCAACAGUUAUUCUUCCCCACAACGACCCAAUGAGGCCAAAAAGGAGGAAACGGAUCACCAAAUUGAUGUGUCUGACAUCAUCAGGCUUGUUCAAGACACACCGGAGGCGACGGCCAUGGCCACAGAUGAAAUCAUGCACCAGGACAUCGUCCCGCUCUGUGCUGCCGACAUCCAGGACCAGCUGAAGAAGCGCUUUGCUUACCUGUCCGGUGGGCGGGGGCAGGACGGAAGCCCGGUUAUCACCUUCCCUGACUACCCGGCCUUCAGCGAGAUUCCGGACAAGGAGUUCCAGAAUGUCAUGACCUACCUCACCAGCAUCCCCAGAAAUGGCGUGAAUACGGUGGAUCGCUCUCCCAGGAGGUUUUCUGAGGGGUUUCGUGGGCAGCCGGCUUCCCACCUGCACACAUUAACGGCGGCGUCUCUUCCUCACUGCAGCCUGCAGGACGCUGGCAUCGGAUUCAUCCUGGUGAUAGACCGGCGGCGGGACAAAUGGACCUCCGUGAAGGCGUCCGUCCUGCGCAUCGCAGCAUCUUUCCCGGCAAACCUGCAGCUCGUUCUCGUGCUUCGCCCGACGGGUUUUUUCCAAAGGACUCUCUCCGACAUCGCUUUCAAAUUCAAUAGAGAUGACUUUAAGAUGAAGGUGCCGGUCAUAAUGCUGAGCUCCGUACCAGACUUACACGGUUACAUCGAUAAGUCGCAGCUGACCGAGGACCUGGGCGGGACCCUGGACUACUGCCACUCCCGGUGGCUGUGCCAGCGCACGGCCAUCGAAAGUUUCGCCCUCAUGGUGAAGCAGACGGCUCAGAUGCUGCAGUCCUUUGGGACCGAGCUGGCCGAAACAGAGCUGCCCAAUGACGUCCAGUCGACAAGCUCAGUGCUGUGUGCGCACACGGAGAAGAAGGACAAGGCGAAGGAGGAUUUGAGGCUGGCACUGAAAGAGGGGCACAGUGUCCUGGAGAGCCUCGGGGAGCUGCAGGCUGAGGGCUCAGAGCCCGGUGUGAACCAGGACCAGCUUGACAACCAGGCCACCGUGCAGAGGCUCCUGGCCCAGCUGAACGAAACCGAGGCUGCCUUCGAUGAGUUCUGGGCAAAGCAUCAGCAGAAACUGGAGCAGUGUCUGCAGCUCCGGCACUUUGAGCAGGGCUUCCGGGAGGUCAAAGCCAUCUUGGACGCAGUGUCCCAGAAGAUAGCAACCUUCACGGACAUCGGCAACAGCCUGGCUCAUGUGGAGCACCUGCUGAGGGACCUGGCCAGCUUCGAGGAGAAAUCGGGCGUGGCCGUGGAGAGGGCCCAGGCCCUGUCUCUGGACGGCGAGCAGCUCAUUGAGAACAAGCACUACGCCGUAGACUCCAUCCGCCCCAAGUGCCAGGAGCUCAGACACCUCUGUGACCAGUUCUCUGCGGAGAUCGCAAGGAGGAGGGGGCUGCUCAGCAAGUCCCUGGAGCUGCACCGCCGCCUGGAGACGUCCAUGAAGUGGUGUGAUGAAGGGAUUUACCUACUGGCCUCACAACCUGUGGACAAGUGCCAGUCCCAGGACGGCGCAGAGGCUGCUCUCCAGGAAAUCGAGAAGUUUUUGGAGACCGGUGCGGAAAAUAAGAUCCAGGAGCUCAACACGAUUUACAAGGAAUACGAAUCCAUCCUCAACCAAGAUCUCAUGGAGCACGUGCGAAAGGUCUUCCAGAAGCAGGCGAGCAUGGAGGAGGUGUUCCACCGCAGGCAGGCCAGCCUGAGGAAGCUGGCAGCCAGGCAGACGCGGCCCGUGCAGCCGGUGGCCCCCAGACCCGAGGCACUGGCAAAGUCGCCCUGCCCCUCCCCAGGCAUUCGGCGAGGCUCUGAGAACUCCAGCUCCGAGGGCGGCGCGCUCCGGAGAGGGCCCUACCGGAGGGCCAAGAGUGAGAUGAGUGAGAGCCGGCAGGGCCGCGGCUCAGCGGGGGAGGAGGAGGAGAGCCUGGCCAUCCUGCGCAGGCACGUGAUGAGCGAGCUCCUGGACACAGAACGGGCCUACGUGGAGGAGCUGCUGUGCGUCCUGGAGGGCUACGCCGCAGAGAUGGAUAACCCGCUGAUGGCUCACCUCCUGUCAACAGGCCUUCACAACAAGAAGGAUGUUUUGUUUGGAAACAUGGAGGAAAUCUAUCACUUCCACAACAGGAUAUUCCUCAGGGAGCUGGAAAACUACACCGACUGCCCAGAACUGGUUGGAAGAUGCUUUCUGGAGAGGAUGGAGGAUUUCCAGAUCUACGAGAAGUACUGUCAGAACAAGCCCCGCUCCGAGAGCCUGUGGAGACAGUGCUCUGACUGCCCGUUCUUCCAGGAAUGCCAGAGGAAGCUGGACCACAAGCUGAGCCUGGACUCCUACCUGCUGAAGCCAGUGCAGAGGAUCACCAAGUACCAGCUGCUGCUCAAGGAAAUGCUGAAAUACAGCAAGAACUGCGAGGGGGCUGAGGACCUGCAGGAGGCGCUGAGCUCCAUCCUGGGCAUCCUGAAGGCCGUGAACGACUCCAUGCACCUCAUUGCUAUCACCGGCUAUGACGGGAAUCUCGGCGACCUGGGCAAGCUGCUGAUGCAGGGCUCAUUCAGCGUCUGGACCGACCACAAGAGGGGCCACACCAAGGUGAAGGAGCUGGCCAGGUUCAAGCCCAUGCAGCGGCACCUGUUCCUGCACGAGAAGGCGGUGCUCUUCUGCAAGAAGCGGGAGGAGAACGGGGAGGGGUAUGAAAAAGCUCCCUCCUACAGCUACAAGCAGUCCUUAAACAUGGCUGCCGUCGGCAUUACGGAGAACGUGAAGGGAGACACUAAGAAGUUUGAGAUCUGGUACAACGCGCGCGAGGAGGUCUACAUCGUCCAGGCGCCAACUCCUGAGAUUAAAGCCGCAUGGGUGAAUGAAAUUCGGAAAGUGCUGACCAGCCAGCUGCAGGCUUGUCGAGAAGCCAGCCAGCACCGGGCACUGGAGCAGUCGCAGAGCCUGCCCCUGCCGGCCCCGACCAGCACCAGUCCCUCCAGAGGAAACUCAAGGAACGUCAAGAAGCUGGAAGAGAGGAAAACAGACCCCCUGAGCCUGGAGGGAUACGUCAGCUCAGCGCCACUGACAAAGCCCCCCGAAAAGGGCAGAGAUGACACGGUCACUAGCUCUGCCUCAGAAAGCUCUGUGCUUUCCAGAAAGCGCUUUACCGUGCAGGGCUUUGCUAACCUCAAAGGUCAGAAAGCUUCUCCUACCAGUCCUGACAAAAAAGCCAAGCGGCAUGAAGUAAAGAGCGACCCGACUCCCUUUGGUGUGCGAGGUUGGAGCAAAACGUCCCACUCACUGGAGGCACCUGAGGAUGACGGGGGCUGGUCAAGUGCAGAGGAGCAGAUUAACUCAUCCGACGCAGAGGAGGACGGCGGGUUGGGCCCCAAGAAGCUGGUUCCGGGUAAAUACACGGUCGUGGCGGACCACGAGAAGGGAGGCCCCGAUGCGCUGCUCGUGAGGAGCGGGGACGUGGUGGAGCUGGUGCAGGAGGGCGACGAGGGCCUUUGGUACGUCAGGGACCCGACCACUGGCAAGGAGGGCUGGGUGCCGGCCAGCAGCCUGUCCGUCCAGCUCGGCCCGUCCGGCUCGGCCCAGUGCCUGAGCAGCUCAGAGUCGAGCCCGGGGUCGGCCGUGCUGAGCAACUCGUCCAGCUGCAGCGAGGGCGGCCAGGCCCCCUUCUCCGACCUGCAGGGGUAGCGCCGCGCAGUCUCGGCGCAGGAGACCCGCGCGCUGUCUGGGGCUGCCACUGCGAGGGCUGGCGUGGCGUGGGGAGGGCGCAGUGCCCCCGGACGUCCCGAGGAAGGGGCACCUCAGCGCCCCGACCCAGAGCGCCUGGCCGUGCGGGCUGCAGAGGACCCCUGCAGGGCAGAGGCAGGUUCCACGGAAGACCCCGGCCCGCCGAGGCUUCCUCGGAGACUCCAGAGCCCACGGAGGAGGGGCCGCAGGGAACAGCCCCGGGCAGGAGGCGCCGGGCAGCGGCAUCUCCUCCUGGCUCCACCGUGCUGCUUCUUCCUCUGGACGGUGCUUUCAGGGGACGCGCAGACCGUGGUGGAGCUGCUUCCGGAGAAGUGGAUGAUUCUCUGACCGACGGCCUGAGGAGAGCGGGGCUCGGGGACUCUUUAUCUUUUACAAGUUAUAGGAUUUUUUUUAAGCAGGGAUCAAUCCCGUGGCCAUUUUUUGUGGUACUUUGGCCUCAAUUCUUUUACCAGGAAUCACUGUGUUUACAUGAAAUGACAAUUUGAUACUGUAUUUGAUAGAAAACUAUUUUUUUGUUACCGGGGUUUACAUAGAAGCACGUUGUUUAUGCCACUAAAUGACUUUGGGGGACUCUCCCAUGGAAACGGAUGGCACUGCCUGAAGCUCCCUGGUCACAGGUGGAUGAAAACGUGUCCCUGGGUGACAUCAGGUGGUGUCUCCACCACCGAAAGCAGUUAGAAGCCAAGGAGACUCCUUUAUCUACCUAAGGUUCAUUUUCAAAAGAAAAUUUAAACUAUAAUUUAAACAACCUUCUUUUCUACAAAAAAAAAAAAUGAAGGGACUUGAUUUUUUUAACGAGCUUCAGUGAAUUAGGAUAUUUUUAUUGCUUUUAAAGAAAAUACAAAGAUGCAGUUUCUGCCGGGUGUGGUGUGGACCAGCGCUGCCGACCAUAGCUCAGGCCUGCCCCUGCCUCACUGCACCACAGCCUCCUCGGAGGCCACACCUCCACUCCCCUCCCCACGCGACCCCUGCCUCCCACCCAGGUCCACCUGCCACCUGGUGACCACCUUGAGUGCAGAAGUGAAAGUGGGGAGAGUAUGUUAUUGAAGCCACAGCAGAACUGGAAAAAAACUCUUCUGUUUUACCCUUCUUGUGUUUCAGAAACAUAUUCUGUUCCUUUGAAGCCCUUUCAGUGUCUAGUCUGCAGAUGUUUUUGUAUGUGUGCACCUCUGACCAUGUGUGUACAUAUGUGUCUUGCUGGAAAGGGCAUAUUCGCUGUCCCCAUGCUGCUGGGCAUGCCGCCUCACAGCCUCAUGGUUCCCAGCCCCAGCACAGUGGAGGCGGGCAUGGCUGCAUUCCCCUCACACUACCCUCCCAGCGGCUUGCAGCCGUCACUGGCCAGACCUCCAGGGUGCGGAAUCAAAUAGGAAGCAUGCAGAGACUCGGCAGCUUUUCCUCUGAUGUGCAAGUUAUUUGGAACGCGUGCUGUGUCCUGCGAUGUCCCUGAUGUACUGUGCGGGCGCGGUGCCUCCAUCUCGUCGCGCAGCUGCGCGCCCUUGUGUGACCCUCCCCAUAAAGGCACUUUACAGCUUCAUGUUUCAUCCACUGUCACUUUUUUUUAACUGCUGAUGUAAAUGGAAUUUUAAAAGCAGAGUUCUUUAUUGUAUGGAUGACGUUUGAAUAAAUAUCAGCAAUUCCUGCCAUCUGCCUUUGUCCGUCAAGACACAGAACGUCUCAGCGGUUGGGGUUUCCAGGGCUGCAGUGCACUGUGCUUGCACAUGGCAAGUCAUUGUUGAGACGGAAAAGAAGCCGGCAGUGAGCAGGGCCCAGCGUGCGGCUCAGGCACCGAGCAGCCCCUUUGCUUUCUUCUGUCAGACAGCGAUGAUGACACAAUAGCAACAAGGUUGUGCAUGUCAGAAACGCAAAGGCAGCAGAGAAAGCGUAGAGGAACCAUUACAGAAUCACAACGCAGCCAACACGCUCCAGACCAGAAAAGGGAGCAUAAAGAAAGGGUAUUGAUCCAAUAGAAGAAGGGAAGGGUGGAGAAAGGGGAAAGCAUGGUUAACAGGAAACAACAUGUGACGGAAGAGACAGCCCAGAUGUGUCUGACUCACAGCAGAUGUGAUCAUGUUACGCUGGCCUCCUGGAAGAGCAUCGGAUCAGACGUGACAAGUCACUGCUUAGAGACCAUCAAGCAAAAUUAUAUACAGAUUGAAGAUUUAAAAUAAAAGAAGACAGAACAGACAAACACUAACCAUAAGAAAGCUGGUGUCGCAGUAUCGAUGACCUGAAAUGGAAUUUAGGACAGUUGGUAAAGUAAAGCGGGCUGUGUGGCAAUCAGGAACUCAUAAGCCACUGACUAUAAAGCUCAAAACACAGCAAAGUUGGCAGUCGGCAGACAGCAGUGUUGACUGUCACGAAAAGUGAUCCCUGUUUGUCCCUAAACAUAGAGAAAUCUGCAUUAUUUUCCAACACACAUGGAGCACAAACAAAAUAUUUACAAAACAAUGGGAAGAUCAUUGAAACAGUGUUUGGCAAUUUAAAAGCUUGUUUCUAACUCAUGGGAUGCGGGGAGUCUGCUCUCUAGAACUGGACAGAGUGCACAGAGCCACGAGAGGGAACAGCCAUGGCCAGCUCAGAUUGGCGUCGACAGCUCAGUGGUGUCUGAUUUUAUACAUGACAAAAUAAACGAGUUAACCAUUUAAGCCAAAAAAUAAGACCAGCGUAACCCAAAGAAAGUAUUUAAAUACUUCUGUCAAUUAGGACAAUUCAGAAAAGAGAAUAACAAAAUCAAAAGCAAAACUCAAACUUUGUACCUGAAAAAUCUAAUAAAACUGGCUAAUUUAUAGAAAACCUAAGAAACUCCAUAUCAAAUAAAAAAUUUUAAGUAUGAGAGAACCAUUAUGAACAACUUUCUGCCAAUAUAUCUGAAAACAGAUAAAUAGGAUUUAAUUGUUAGAAUUGGUCAAGAAGAAAUAAAAUACUUGGGUUGAUGAAUAACAAUUAAAGAAAUUGCAUUGUAGUUAAAAAAAAAAAUUACCCCAAACAGAUACCAGAUCUAGGUGAUUUUAUAAGCAUACAAAAAUAUUUAUAAAAAACUAUUUAAAAGAAUAUAACAAGAGAAAGCAACUCAAUAAAGUUAUGAAUCAAAUUUAACCUUGGCACCCAAACCUGACAAAGAUUAUGCAAGAAAAAAAAAUCAGCUGGGCCAGGUGGCUCACACCUGUACUUCCAGUACUUUGGGAGGCUGAGGUGGGAGAAUUGUCUGAGACCAGGAGUUUGAGACCAGCCUGGGCAAGAUUGCAAGACCCCAUCUCUACAUGAAAUUUAAAAAUUAGCUGGGCAUGGUGGUGCACACCUGUAGUCCCAGCUACUUGGGAAGCUGAGACCUUACAAGUGAGCCCAGGAGUCCAAGGCUGCAGUGAGCUAUGAUGAUCAAUGCCACUGCACUCCAGCCUGGGCAACAGAGCAAGACCCUGUCUCUCAAAAUGAACCAAACAAAAAGAUAAUGUAAGAAAAAAUAAAAUUAUGAAGAUGAAUGCAAAAAUUCCAAAGGAAAUAUAAUUAAAUAAAACCCAAUUGUAUGUUAUAAAUAAAGGUAAUACGUUCUAAGCAAGUAAAUUCAUCCCAGGAAUGCAAGGGGUAGUAGGUUAAUUGGCUAUAAUUGCCAUAUUAACGAAGUGAAGGGUAAAAUCACCAGCUUAACAAAAGCAAAACAAUAAUUCAAUUUUUAUUCAACAUGUACUUGUCAUGUUAGGUCAAUUAGGAGUAGAAGAAAAUUACUUUAACUAAAUAAAGUAUAUCUAACAAAGUCUUUGCAGCGAAUUUUUUUUUUUUUUUUUUUUUUUUUUUUUUUUUUUUUUUUUUUUUUUUUUUUUUA